UUUUCAUGUUAAAAUAAAACGUGCUUGUUAUUUAUUACCAAUUGAUACUGAUCGUAAAUCAAAUCCUUAUUGUCAAUUAUGUUUAUUUUCAUUUGAUCAUUUAUCGAACAAAUUAAAUUUUAAAACAGAUAUUAAAAAACAAACUUUGAAUCCACAAUUUAAUCAAGAAUUUAUUUAUAAAAAUAUUCAAUUAAAAAAUUUAAUUAAAAAAACAUUACAAAUAACUGUUUAUGAUAAAGAUUUGAGGAAAAAAGACAAUUUUAUUGGUAACUAG